AAGUUUACUAGUAAUCAAUGGCGUGACAUAGCAUAGCACACUUAAAACUACUUGAAGAUCAUUUGUAUAGGUUGUAUUGAAUUUAUAUAAAAAGUAACGUCGAUGUGGAUAUUAUACUAAUGUUGUGUUUCUUCAUAACCAAGUAAUCGAGUAAUUCAAGUUACUUCUUAAUGAAUAAUAAGAAUUAUAUAUUUUAUUCAAUCUAGAAAAUAACAAGCUAUACUGAAUGACAGUGGAAUACAAAUUCUCUGCUAGCUACUGCAUUAUUAGAUUCCGUUAAUAGGGCAGCCAUAAAACAUUUUAAUCUAAAGAACUGAUGGAGCAACAAAGAGUGAAACGAUCGUGUGAUGUAAUUACAAUAAAACUAAAAUGACAGUGCUUGUGAUAUGUAAUAGCCAGUUAAAUGCAUCGUGAACGAUGGAUACAUCAAAUUUAACACAUGUUAUGAUCUCCGAUGAAAAAUGUAAAGAAGAACAAACUUAAACAUGGGUAGCAGAGGAGUCGGGGAUAUUCCUACAAUAUUUCAUCCCCAGCAGACUCAUACCUCAAGUAUUAUUCUUGGUGAUAAUCAGCAGAACCAUGGCUCUCAAAACACUGCUGGACAAAUUACUCAUGACAAUUCUGGCUGUGAACAGCAACAAGGAUGCAGCGUUAGUGGUGGCUGUGGUGAUUCUGUACCGAGUUGUCGUUCUUUGGAAACAACUAGAAGCGGAGUUGGUUCUGGAGGAAGUGCAGAUAAUCAAGGACACAAUACAAGUCAAACUCAAGUUCAGUCUCAUGUGACAGUGCCACCAGUUACUUAUCAACAAAGGCCCAACUCCUUAUCCACUUGUUACGCAUCUUGUUGCGCCGAAUCUGCAAAAAAGAUAUAUUUUGGAGUGUGCGUCACAAUAUGUGUCACAGCAAGUUGGGUCGGUGCGACACAUUGUAUCAGAUAUUUGUAUUUUUACAAAUACGAAACUCCUAAUUAUUCAUCGUUUUCUAACUCAUCUAUUACAGGGCGUCAUCAACAUACAGCUUCAUACAAUGCUCCAUUCUUCACAACCUGGUUUUGUACGAAUUGGGAAAUUCUCUACUUCCCAGUUUACUUCCUUUGCCAAUCUGCAAGAAUCAAAUGUAAUAGUCCAUCUGAAAUAAUUGCAGAGAGUUUACGAGGUUUCCGUGACAAAGGAUUUACCGGUGGUCGUUUUUUGAUCAGAUGUAGUCUUUUUUGUGGUCUCUGGGUAGUUACAAACUAUAUGUAUAUUUAUUCGCUCAGGAUACUACUAGCUACCGAUGUAAUGGCACUUUUCGCAACCAACGUAUCUUGUGUAUAUUUGUUAUCAUGGGUGAUCCUUCAUGAGCAAUUUGUUGGAGUAAGGAUAGUAGCAGUGAUUUUAUGCAAUACCGGAAUUGCACUUUUAGCAUACAUGGAUGGCAUUACUGGAAGUCCAACUUUAGGUGGCGUUGUUCUGGCAACAUCGGCAGCAGCUGGUUCGGCUGUUUACAAGGUGCUGUUUAAGAAAGUCAUAGGAGAAACAACAUUUGGUCAAAUGUCUUUAUUCUUUUCUCUUAUUGGGCUGUGUAAUGCGGCGUUGUUAUGGCCAAUUUGUUUGGCUCUUUACUUUUCGGGAGCAGAAAGUAUACACUGGGGACGAUUGCCAUGGACGGCAUUACUUUCAGCAAGCAUUUUGCACUUAGUUGCAAACAUGCUUGGUAACUUCAGUAUUGCUCUGACCUACGACCUGUUCAUUACGCUAGGAUUGAUCACCGCUGUACCUGUAUCUGCUGCAUUGGAUGUUCUUUUAUACGGAGCCCAUUUCAUGGGGAUGAAAUUGGCAGGAAUGAUUUUUAUAGCAGUCGGCUUCUUUCUCGUGAUGUUUCCAGAUAAUUGGCCAGAUUAUAUAACCAGGCUGCUUCGAAAUAUAGUCCUCAUGAGUCACAGUUCGAGAUGGAGUAGAAGACACGGACACGGCGUAUCAGGAGGCACGCAACGCGACGUGAUCGAUUAUCGCACGGGUUACAUAAAAUCACAUCUUCGUUCACCGUCGGGAAGAGUUCGGUGACUAGGUGUACUAUCGCUUCAAUUACAGGUAGAAUUGAUUUGCCAAAGAAAUAAUGUAUGGACUUUCAAAAUGUUAACAUUUUAAUCGAAAAAGUCCCAAAGAAUGCCGGUAAUAACAAAUACGGUAAGCAAUAUCGGAAGGGAUUCUUCGUUGCAAUAAAAAUUCGUUCAAAUUUCUUUUUUAUUGCAUUUCUCUUUCAGAAUAUUAAUAAAAGAAGUUAAAAGAAGCUAUUAUAAAUUUUCUCUUUCAAUAAUUCUAAAAUAAGUAUGCAUAUAUUUUUAUUGAAAUUCCUAAACCAAAUAAAUUUCAGAUAAGUGAUUUAGUAAAUAUUAUCUUUUUUCUUCUCAAGCUAUACGACAUUCUUCGUCAUAUUAUUUAGAUUGUUUGUUUUUGAUCGAUUAAUCCGUAUUAUUAAGUAAAGAUUAUAAUUAUGUGUAAAAGUGAAUGGAUCCAAAUCGACAAAAGUUCUUAUCGAAGCAUCGUAGUAAAUCGUAUAUUUUAUAUUUGAUAAGUAUGGAAUAACUUUAGAAAAUUUGUUCUAAAAAAAUAUCGUAUUUGAAUUCAAUAAUAUUUUUAUCGACUUUGAAUUUAUUUUUUAUUAUACAGUUACUUCAUAUUUUUUUAUAAAAUUCAAAUGUAUUCAUGAUAAAUCAGUUGAUUUUACUAAUCAGUUUCAGUGCGUUUCAAACGCUAAUAUUGAAAAAUAUUAUAUUUUACAUACAAUGUUUUAUCAUUUUUUUCAUUUAUUUCUAUAUGGACGUGUCUUGUUAAUUCAAUAGUAGCAAGCAAAGUUUGAACUUUAACAGAAACAGUGAGAAUGAAUAUAGCACGUGUAUAUGUGUAUAUGUAUGUUUUUUUUGACUGAGUGUAUACCUAUGUGCGUUUGACCGAUGAUUACUUUGAAUAUGUAAAUGUUUAAGAAUGUCUGUCUCGUACGAGGGUUGAAGGAUGCUGUGUCGAAAGUUGAAACGUAUCUGAACUGCAACCUUUCACAUUGCCGUAGCGCAUCUUUCUCUGGCAAGGCUGAGGUGUUAUCUGAAGUAAUGAGAAGUAUUCGGGUUUUGCGGAAAUUGAGUUUUCCGGGUUUUCUUGGCAACUUGUAUCUUUACAAUAUGCUUCCAAAUUACCCUUUGGAAAUACCGAAUUUAUAACAUAUCCACGACUAUCGAGUGCGAAAUAAAUUAAAAUUCUAAAGAGCGAUUUGUCUAUGGCCUCCCUAGAUUCCAGCUCAAAAGUAGCCCCCUGUACAAUCGUUCUAUAAGCUUUUCUGACAAAGACCUCGCGUGGCUCUUCUAUGUGUUCCAGAUAGAACAAUUUCUAAAUAUAGAAAUAAGAUUAAUCAAUCAUGUAUGUGCCACUUUGAUCGAUGACAUUAUUUCAUGUUUCUGGUAGUUGAAAGAUCUUUCCCUUGUAGAAUUCUUGAGAUUUAGCGAAAAACUGACCUACGUGGUUUUAGCAGGAGUUGCCAUUUCCUUUCUGAAUUUUCGAAAUCAUUGCAGAAAAAACGAAAAAAAGAAAAGAAAUCAACUUUAUGAAAAUAUCGAUAAUGUGUAAGAUUAAGUAAUAAUUUCGCUUGUGAUGCUUCAAUUAUUGAUUUCUUUAGCCUUUAACAUUUUGAUGACUCUAUGAUACUACGAAGAAAAUCAUACGAGUAUAUAAACAAUUUUAUUAAAAAUCUUUGUAAUAUUUUAACAUAAAACAUUUUAAGUACAUAGCACUUUAUUUUGGCUACGAUAAAUAUCUCGAUUAUCGAAAAAUGAAUCUGUCUUUUUAUGGCAUUCAAAUAAUCUACUAUCUAUUUUAUAUUUAUUAUUCUAUUAUAGAAUAAUGAAAUUAUUUAAAAUGAAUCUGUAAAAGUAUUAAUUACAUAAUAGAUAUAUUCUGUAAGCGGUAAAUAGUAUGCUUAUGUAAUACUUUCAAGGGAUUGUAAGUACAUUUUUUACGUGAUAUCACGAUAAUUAUACAUCAAUUAUAUGUUAUAUCUUAUUAAAUCUAUCGUAAAGAAGGAAAUUUUGCUUAAUAAUGCAAGUUAUUUUCAGUUAGAGAAAUAUAAUAAUAAGAAACAUUGUUGUGACAGCACUGAAUGGCUGAAUAGAAUUUUUAUAUCCAAUUUUAAACGAAAAGAAAUUUUAUCGAAAUAAUUUUCUAUAAAAAAUGGCAACAACUUGUUUUACUUUAUAAAGUAGAUUUUCUAUUAAAUAAGUAAAUUAUGAGUUCCGUAAAAGAUCAUUAUACAACAAUAUCGUUAUUAUACAAAAACAAUCCAUUCGACAAAAUACCGACGGUUAUUAAUAUAUAACAGAAUUAUAAUUAUAGCAAUUAUAAUAUUAAAAUUAAGAGUAGAUUAUAGAUUUGUUGAUCGGAGAGUGAAUAAAUUUUAACUCGUAUUUUAAGUAAUAAUGUCUUAUGUAGAAAUUACUAUAAAUAACUACUGUUAAUAUGUAUUAAUUAAAUUAUUAUUAGUAACUACCUUAAAUAUAUAAAAUUAUUUAAUUGUAUCGUAUUAUAUUUUAAACAGAUAAACUAUUUUCAUUAACGUCGUAUAUUGAACUUUGAUAAGCUAAUUUGAUUAAAAUAAAAUUAUAUUCGAUUAAAGUAAUAUUUUAUUUAAUUUUUUGGUGUUUAAAUAAACAAAGAUUAUGCCAUUAACCACCUAGUCAAGUGUCCAACUGAUUUUCUAAAUGUCGAGUGAAAAGCAAAGUUGGAAAUUAAAAAACAUUUUCUUACAAUUAGCGUUAUAUUUGAAAAUUGGUUAUUUAAAUAUGUAUAUUAUUUGGUAUUGGUUUGGAUUCAUAGCUUUUAUAAGAUAUAAAAAUGUUUAUGUGUUCGAUAUAGACCAUACUAGAGUCUAGUUCAGAUUCACAUACAAUUGCCGCUGAUAAAUAUACUCAUACUGGUAUAUAAGUACUUAUAUACAAACAUUGUAUAGCGAAAUCGUGCUACAGUCACUUGGCGGACAAUUUCUGUCAGUCUGGGCUAAAUUACACGAACCAUCUUACACGCUCGUAUAUGGGAUCGUCUAAAUAUCUGUAAUGUAUUAUCUAUAUUUAAGCAUGUGAAAAAAUGUGUGUAUAGAAGUUAUAUUAGCUUUUUAAAAAGUUUUAGAUACUUUCGGAAUAAAAUAUUUUUAGAUUAAACGAUGGGAACACUGUUACAUUUGUGUUUAUAUUCUUUAUAUGAACGUAAAAUACGGUUAUGGGAUUACAUUAAAGAAAACAUGAAUUUAAUUUUGUUUAAAAACAUAUCGAUAACCUUCAAAUAUCUUAAAAAUUGAUCUUUAGAAAAAUUAUUUCUCUAUCAUUUUGUUUUUCCUUUUGAGCGGUUUAAUGUGCUCUAAAUAGUUUCUUUAUGUACUGAUAAUUAAUCAAUUAGAGAUAUUUACGUGACCCCAUUGAAAUGCUCUACUUGUUACAUACAUAUAGUACAAUAUGCUUUGUCUUCUUUUAGCAGUAUAAUCGAAGAACGAAGUUACUUAUGCGAAAAUUGUUUGAUUUGAAAGAGAAAAUAAUGUAGUACUUCUAAAUCUUACAAUCUUGUUAAUUGGAUCGGAUGGAACAUCGUGGAUUACUUUUGUUCUUUUGCAUUAAAAAUAUCAUAGCAUGAAAAUUCAAAUUACAUUGCAUUCAUGUUAUACUGUACUUUAAAAUGAAUUUAACGAGUUAAACUUAAACAGUACUUAUUUAUUAUCAAUUGUAUCAUUAUUAAUUGACGUUCAAAUAAUAUAAUAAAAAUAAAACAACGCUGAUAGGAAAUAUUUAUAAUUCUUGUAAUCAUUAUUUAAGUUUAUCGUUAGAUUUCUUCAAAUAAAACGUUUUAAAUACCGAAUUCUUAAAUUAUUAUCAAUUCUAAACGAUGUGAAAUUAACAAGAUUAAUACGGAAUUUAUAUUUUUUUAGUAAAUUUACAUUUAAUUAACACAUUUAAUGUGUUUGUAACUAAAUUUAACUCAUAUCGUUGGUUUUGUUAUUUUAUAUUUCUAAAUUUAUGUAAGUAACGAAUUACAAAUAGUUACAAAUACAGAAAAGUAAAUCUGUAUAUAUGAAAGUAUACAAGUACAUACAUAUACAUACGUAUACUUUAAUUUAUACGUAUUGUUAGUGAUUAUACUGUAAAGUAGUUGAAAAUCGUUUCUAUUAAUGUUAAGUACUCGCUUCGCCCUUGCUAGAAACUGUUUAAUUUUUUUAUUUAUGACAAAAAUUUUUUUAAAUGCUUUACUAUCGGAGAAACGACGAAUUUCGUUUUCUGUCUAAAGUUUCUCAUUAACAGUAUUAGUAUACUGUACUAUAGACAAAGUUUAUAAAUCUACAAAUACGUGAUUUAUAUGUAUACUAUGUGUAAAGACAAUCAAAUACCAUAACAAUAGAUAAAGUAGACAAGAAGAAUUUUUCUUUGAAUUAUCGCAUGUUAUAAUUAUCUUGCGGUCUUAUACGAAGUUGUUAUUCUAUUAUACAUGUAAAGUAUAUAUAUAUAAUAUUUUGUUAUCUUGUCGUGAUUUGUUAUCUGACUUAAUAUUUUAACAGUUUAGUCUUAAUUUAUUAAAUAAAAUAAAAAGAGCAUUACCAAAGUUCUUUACCAAAGUGUUCUUAUCAACAAAUAGUAUCGUCGAUUUUUGUUUUAGACGGUAAAAAAUUAGAAUAUUCGCUCAAUUAAAUUAUCAAUAAGUGAAUUUGUAUUGUACUAUAAAUAUAUUUGGAUUUUACUUCCAUAUAAAAAUUCGUUACUACUAAUAACUAGGAGUAGAGGAUCACAAAAGUUUGCAUGGUUUUGUUUAGUAUCAGCGUAAUACGUACGCAUUAAACAAGCUAUACAUAAUAAAUAUAUACAUAUGUAUGUAAACUGAUAAUAUACAAUGAAUGCCAGAUGACUACAAAUACAUAUUUGUAGUGACAAUACAUUUAUCACAUGCAAUUUAUUAAGUACAUACAAGCAUAUAUCGCAAUUAUAAAUAUAUUAAUAUCCAUUUUCUAAAACACUUCAUUACAUUUAAGUUGUGUAAGUAAAUUCCACAAAUCCGAAGAAUUGUCAAACCUUUAUAGCAAAUGAAGUUGUAUAUUAAACUAAUUGUUUUUA